CGAAAUUUCAAUUGUUUCCCGGGAAACAAAUUACGGUAUUCCGCGGCUUGAAGUUCUCUCACGAAUCGGCGUAGCUGGAAAUGAAAAUGACGGGACCGGAAGGAAAAGCUUUGAAUGGGGAAGAGAAGGAAGAGGUGAUAGCGAUUUCGACGGAUGAUGACAGCGGCGGUGACGAUGACGAGACUGUGAAGGCCUUGGAUUCCUCCGGCGGGCAAGCCGUUCAUUCAGUGGAAGACGAAGAGGAGAGCGAAAAUGAAGACGAGCAAGCCGAUGGCGUCGAAGAUGACGGUGCCGAGCAAGCGUUGAACUCCUCCGGCGAGCCAGCUAUACAGUUAGACGAAACUGAAGAUCAGGGAGACGACGACGGAGUGGAUGAGGAAGGCGAGCAUGUAGAGGAAAAUGGUGAGGUGGAUGACGACGACGGCGACGAGGAGGAGGAAGAUCCUACUGGUCCAGCAAAGCGGCAACGAUUGAGCAAGGAUGAGAUCGGAGACGACGAGGACAACGAGAGCCCACCGAAGCGAUAGAGGCCGGUGUUUGGAGCGCUAUGAGUCUGUGACCAAGUUUAACUUUGAUAGGGAGGAGGGGGUUUCCAGACUUCUCGAAUAACACUGCAUCGGAGAGAAAGAAAGACCUGUGCAAUGUGGUUUUCUUCAUUAGAUGCUUGCUUUGUAAAAUUCAGAGAUAUGCUUCCGUUGGAAGCUUUAGAUUAGUUGUUUUCGUUGAUGGACAAAGAACUAAUCUUCUCUUAUUGCAACUUGCAAGAAACAAGAACUACCCCCUGAUUAUGCUUUUAGGUUGGUAAUUGGUUUAUGGAUUUGGUAUUGUUUUCAGAUUUGAUGAUCAAUGCAUUUGACUUGCUUAUUAUUGGUCAGCUGAUGAUAAAGUUGACCAUUUGAAUCUAAUUCAUCAG